AUGACGACCGCGCACCGCCCGACUUGGCACGCCGCCGUAGGACAGUCUAACGAGGGUGGAUGGCACGCUGGAGGCAAGCUGAGCGACCAGGUGUCGGCGCGCGACCUGCCGGCCCACAAGCGUCUUAAGAUGCGGCAGGUUGGCCAGGGCACAGCGAAUGAGGUUGAGCUGCUGGACCUGCGCGAGGAACUGGAGCGCAAGGAAGAGAAAUACGAGGUGGAAAAAGGCCGUAAGAAGGACACAGCUCAAGACAAAUUGCGACGGCUGGAGGAGAACAAGAAGAUUCUGCUGCUAGGAGACGCUGAGGCGGACGCAAAAGAGUCUCAACUGAAGGAAGUGGCGAGCAAAUACAACGACGCCGACGACGGAGCGGGCUCCGAGGCCUCUAGCGACUCCGACAGUGACAGUGACGAUGAAGAUGAAGAAGCUGAGUUGAUGCGCGAACUGGAGAAAAUCAAGCAAGAACGCGAAGAAGAGCGACUACGCAAAGAGGAAGAGGCGCGUAAGACCGUCGAGCUACAGUCACGUGAAGAAAUCCUUCAAGGCAACCCUCUGACGCAGCAACAGGCUGCAGGUAGCGCCAAGAUGAAGCGCAGAUGGAACGACGACGUGGUCUUCAAGAACCAGUCUCGUAAUGAACCGGAAGUCAAGAAACGCUUCAUCAACGACACAAUCCGCAACGACUUCCACCGCCGAUUCCUCAACAAGUAUAUUUCCUAA